AUAAAAAACCUAAGGCUCUCAACUUCUACACCAAAAAUAUCCUCUCCACACCCAAAGAACAUAAAGAAAAAAAGAAAACCCACCAACACAUCUCAGAUUCUCAAGUAGAGAGGCAGAGAAAACUUGCAGCAUAAUUCUUGGGUGUUCUUCAAUGGCAACUUCAAUUUCAGCAACUGGGUUUAAAGGAGGUUUUGGUACUACUUCUUCAUUUAUGGUUGGUGAAGACUAUGGCAUGUUGGCUAAGUCAGUGCCAAAACAUGUAAGGGUUGCAAAGCCUGUAAGAAUGGCUCCCAUGAUGAAGAACGUCAAUGAAGGGAAGGGUCUUUUUGCACCUAUUGUUGUUGUCACUCGCAAUAUAAUUGGCAAGAAAAGGUUUAACCAGCUUAGAGGCAAAGCAAUUGCCCUACACUCGCAGGUGAUUACUGAAUUCUGCAAAUCAAUAGGAGCAGACUCGAAACAAAGGCAAGGGCUGAUCAGGUUAGCGAAGAAGAAUGGAGAAAGACUUGGGUUCCUGGCUUGAGGAAAGGCAGAAAUACUUAAAAUUUAUCAAUCACCAGUUGAAAAACUUCAAACCCACAUCUUAUUUUGUUUAAAGAUUCUGAGAUGUAAAUGUUUCUCAUCAUGUGGCUACCUUUGAACCAUAAUGUUAAACAUAUUACCCUCGUUAUAUUCCCA